AUGGAUGUAACCGAGUUGAUAUCUCAAGAUCUUCCAGAGCUUUUCCUUGAACUUUCUCAGUUUGUUUCUAGUGGGGAAUAUGCUCAAGGUGGUUCAGAAUUCUCUGAUGAGGAAUAUGCCUCGAAGUUUUUGAGCCGUCGUACCCAACUGUUUGCGACUAUUGACAAGAUCCAAAGCGCCAUUGACACUUCCCUCCGACUCAUGGACCAUUCCGACUUUGGCAUCCUCCGACACAUCUGGACUGAGCUUGGUGAUUCUCUAGCCCAGAUUGCCCAAAGAAUCCACGAAGCUAAAGACCUCGAGGUCCCCCCCGCCAACCACCCUUUUAACCUCAGACCUCGCAUCAUCCACCUCUUAGAGCAAAUUGUCCCCCUCGUCAAAUUAGCUAGAGUCUUCUAUCGAAAGAUUGGCUCCGGACCCCCCUUCACAUUUGGUGAAGAUAUGUGCUCAGCUGGCCUCGAACUUAUUUGA